UAAGAAAGGCACAGAGAGACAGAGAAAUGAAUGAAGUGUAUUUAGCGAUAUAUUCUACGGCGGACUUGUGCCUCGCUCCGAUAGAAACGGUGGUAACUCUUUUUACCAUAAAGUAUUGCGAGUCUUCAAUUAGCAUCAAGCUAAUACCGAGUAAGCAGGAUUUAACUGAACAAGCGUACACGAUAGAUCUCACGAAUUUUGUCUACGAAAUUGUCAAUGUAAGCGAGGUACCUUGUUACGCGAGCUCGUGCGAAUUACCGAAUGUCGCUGUAAAUGAAGAUAGCUGCAUGGCUGGUUUGUGUACGGUAUUACGACAGAUUGUGAAAAGCGCAAGUCCGGAGUAUUCAACGCAUGAUUGUAAUAAGUUGUUAGGUUUCAAGGGCUCCUGCUUGAUGGCUUGCUCCGAGGCAAGCGUGUGGACUAAAUUCUGCGAGAUCGAUUUAAUUUUAACGCUCAAGUCUUUAGAUACAAAGGAUUUAGAAAAAUCCGAACUGCCCGUUAGCUUAGCCAGAUUCGAAUGCCACAUGUCGCAGCCGGUUAGAUUGCACAAUUUGUAUAAGUAUAAAAUGUGCAAAAAGUUUGCUGCGCUCGAUAUAACUAGGCAGGAUAAGACCGGUCUGCCGGAACACACGUAUGCGGAAGGUGCGUGUAUUACGUUAUCCGACAUAAUUAUAUUUGUAUGCAUGCACAUUCUACUGAAUACAUUUUCGAGCCAGAUGAUAUCGAAACUGGUACCCUUAACAGCCAAAUGGUACGACAGAAUGUUGGAAGAUCACUUCAUAAUAAAAUGCCUAAGUUGUCUACCUCUAUCAAAGAGCCAUAAUUCAGAUGCACUCCAUUAUACACUUCCAGUUGUAGUAAACGAAAGCUUGUACAAGAGCGAUCCUAAACGCUACAAACCAAAAAACCGCAUCUACACGAGACAAGAUGAUAUAGAACAUUCGUUGCAGUUGGUCGAAGGCAUGAAGAUUUCAAUGCAGCUUGACGUUAAGCCAUUUGGCGUGGAAGUAAACCUCGACUGGUCCGACGUUCCUUUUGAUGCCACCCCAGAAGGCGGUUCGUUGCCACUUUCGAGGCUGCGGCGAAAGCAGGAGCAACUGCAGAAUUUAUGUAAACCCGUCCUGAAAUUGGCGAAGGCGGGAGAUACUAUUGUAGAUUUCUGUUCGGGUAGCGGCCAUUUGGGAAUAUUGAUAGCAUACUUGCUGCCACGUUGCACGGUUAUUCUGCUGGAAAACAAAGAGGAGUCUUUGAACAGAGCCAAGAAGAGGGUCCAAAGGCUGAGCUUGACGAACGUAAAGUUUUGCCAGUGUAACUUGGAUUAUUUCAAGGGAGAUUUCGACAUCGGCACGUCGUUACACGCUUGCGGUUUGGCGACGGACCUGGUUAUUCAAUGUUGCAUACGGAAGAACGCGAUUUUCGUGUGUUGCCCUUGCUGUUACGGCUCGUUGCAGGACUGCCAUCAGCUAACGUAUCCGCGAAGCGAGGUUUUCAAGGAGUGCGUUAACAAUAAAGAAUACUCAUACCUGAGUCAUGCAGCGGAUCAAACGCAUGACGAACUGAAUGUUAAGACUAAGCAAGGCUAUAGAUGUAUGACAGUUAUAGACACGGACAGAAAACUGUUCGCCGAACAAUUUGGGUAUGAAGUUCAUCUCGGUAAAUUAAUUCCAGAAACGUGCACACUUAAGAAUCACUUGUUAGUUGGCAUACCAAAAGGUAAGCUAACAUAUGGCAAUUGAUGUGAUAAUUGGUCCGCUGAAUGACUUUUGUAAAUAAAUGGCAUUUAUAUUGAGAACAUUAAUUAAUUAUGUCAGUAAUUAUAUAUUGAUAGCAGCAUGCAAAACAUUUUUUAUUAUAAUAGGAAGACUAUUAUGUAUAAAACGUAUUUAUUUUAUGUAUUGUAUCUUUAAAAGGGUGCGUUGGGUGAGUGCUAUUAGCGCUAUUUACUUCAUUCUACAUAAAUUUCAUACUACAAACGCUAUUUUACCCGUAGUGGUGUAAUGCUAAACAAUGUUAUCGUUUCUAAGCUCUGUAAACGCUGGUGAGCGUUGUCUCGAUUUAUGAACAUUGUAUAUGUUUUUAUUAUACGUGAUUUUAUAUUUAUCAUGAACUUAUAUGGACAUUAUGGACUGUGUUGAAAUAUAUCUUCAGGAUGCCGGAUCUCAAGAGCAGUUUAAAAUUAAACUUUCUCAGACUAAUUAAAUAAAAUUAUUGUUAUUAUUAUUUA